AUGUCUAACAAAAAAAGCACGGAGUUUGCAAUUAAGAAUCUGGAAGUCCAGGUGGGCCAGCUUGCAAAGCAAUUAGCUGAAAGAUCAUCAAACAGCUUUACAGAAAACAUAGAGAAAAAUCCUAAAGAAGAGUGCAAAGUUGUGAUGACUAGAAGCAAAAUGGCAAUCCAAGUGGAGGAAAGUAGAGCUGAUCAGAAGGUGGAGGGAGUUAAACAACAGCUGGCUGAUGAACUGGCGCUAGAACCGGUUGAUGAUUUAGUUAAACUUGAAGAAAUUGUUGAGGAAGCAGAAGAAAAGAAGAAAGAGGCUACUCCUAUUGAAUGCAAGGAGGUACCUUAUCCAUUGGUACCUUCCCAGAAAGAUAAAGAGCGACAUUUGGCUAGAUUUCUUGAUAUCUUCAAGAAACUGGAAAUUACUUUGCCAUUUGGAGAAGCACUUCAGCAAAUGCUCCUGUAUGCCAAAUUAUUAAAGGAUAUGCUAACUAAGAAGAACUGGUACAUCCAUAGUGACAGAAUUGUUGUGGAAGGUAAUUGUAGUGCUAUGAUUCAACGCAUUCUUCCACCCAAGCACAAAGAUCUUGGAGUUGUCACGAUACCGUGUUCUAUUGGUGAGGUUCCUAUAGGCAAAGCUCUCAUAGACUUGGGAGCUAGUAUCAAUUUAAUGCCUCUUUCCAUGUGCCGACGACUUGGAGAGAUAGAGAUAAUGCCUACACACAUGACCCUCCAGUUAGCUGACCGAUCCAUCAAAAGGCCAUAUGGAGUCAUUGAAGAUGUUUUGGUGAAGGUUAAACACCUUAUAUUUCCAGCUUAUUUUGUUGUCAUAGAUAUAGAAGAGGAUGCUGACAUUCCUCUCAUUCUUGGCCGGACAUUCAUGUCUACUACAAGCUGCAUGGUGGACAUGGGAAAGAAGAUACUGCAGAUGGGCAUAGAAGAUCAACUUUGA